AUGUCUCAUACGGCGGCGGCCCUGCCGUUUGGUACCAAAUCCAUCCGAAACUUGUCGGAUAUCGAAGACUAUCUUGAGGGGUUGAAUACCAAUGACCCGCGUGCCUUUACACCCUACUACUCAAAAGAUGCCAUUUUCAAAUGGAGUGGUCAGCCUGAGAAAACUGUUCACGAGUUUUUGGAUUGGGUCAUGAACGUGCAUGUUUCCGUGACCGAGGAACUAAGUCUCUGCAAAGCUAUUUUCAAUCAAGACGGCACCGUCAUCGCUGCUGAAAUUACCAUGCAAUUCCGAGGAAAUGGUAAUUUCCAGACAGACAAUUUUGUCGGGAAAUGGGGCCCAGUAUGGCCUGGACAUGGCCCGCUGGUGAAAGCUUACGUCUGGUAUACGUUGACCACGGAUGGGCAUAUCAUCGAGGCGAUCGAAGAUGCAUAUCUGAUGAAAGCUGCAAUGCCGCCAAGGACCAUCAAAUCACUGUUAUAA